GCUGAGUUUUAAGCAUGACGAGACAAAGACACUGACUGAAAACGGACAAAUAAUGAUUUAAAAAAAACUUUCACAACUCACCAUGGCAAUACGGGAGCUCAAAGUUUGCCUUUUAGGGGACACUGGAGUAGGGAAGUCCAGCAUUGUUUGCAGAUUUGUUCAGGAUCACUUUGACCACAACAUCAGUCCCACAAUAGGAGCAUCAUUCCUUACCAAAACAGUGCCAUCUGGGAAUGAACUACAUAAAUUUCUGAUCUGGGAUACAGCCGGACAGGAAAGGUUUCACUCAUUAGCUCCUAUGUACUACAGAGGAUCGGCUGCUGCUGUCAUUGUCUAUGACAUUACUAAACUGGACUCGUUCCAGACGCUGAAGAAGUGGGUGAAGGAGCUGAAGGAACACGGUCCAGAGGACAUUGUUGUAGCCAUAGCAGGGAACAAGAAUGAUUUAGGAGACAUCAGGGAAGUUCCUAUGAAGGAAGCAAAGGAGUUUGCUGAAUCGAUUGCAGCUAUUUUCAUCGAGACUAGUGCCAGAAAUGCUGUCAAUGUGGAGGAGCUCUUUCAGAAAAUCAGUAAACAGAUUCCUCCCCUGGAAAAUCCAGAAGUGGAGAGCAACGACUCCUUUAAACUCACCCGGCAGCCUCCUCCGUCCGCCAGGAGGUGCUGCUAGUACCGACAGUGGCUGAUGGGACUUCUUCCUUCAGCGCCGGAGACCCCACCGGCACAGCACAGCGUCCACAAUGCACACAGCGUCUUCCUCCUGGACAAGACAAGACAGUGGACAUACAGAGGUCAGCCAGCACGUGCGGGCAACUGCAACAUGAAACAACAGUAUUACACGAGUCAUUGCACAUUUAUUUCAUUUAAUUGUAGCAGUUUAAACACUGCGGAGGUCUGGAAGCAGAAAGCCUUUGGUUUGUCCCCCUCAGGUGGUGUUUUGCCUGAAUUACAUUAAGAUUUCUAUCUGUGUUGUAUAUCACACAGCUCAUUACAAAGAGGCAGUUUUAUCCAGUUUUCCAUAGUGACAUAAAAAUUAAGCACACAUUAAUAACAAGUGAUAAAAGUUUCAUUUUGGUUGUUCAUGCAUUUGCUCUGUAGAUUUUCAUUGCACUGUGGCUCUUUAACAGUGCACAUUGAAUGAAGGUUUUUAUAUACAUUUUUAUGAGGAUACACUUUCCGUCCCAUGGAGCUUUUGCAUACAUUUGUAUCACUCAAAAAGAACUGAAUUAGAAUAUUUUGAAUAAUUGUUGUGGAGAUCUAAUCUUGAAAAUCGUUCUUUAGCUCAAACGCAGCGGCUUUACAUUCCACAUCGUCAUGUGUUGUCACACACAUUAACUGUAAAAGGGUUUAACUGUUGUGCUGCAGAGUGAACAGCAUGGAGGCCUAAAUCGUAGUUACAGUAUGACGCCCCCUGUUGAAACACUGUGACCAAUGCUAGAAUUGUUUACAUGGUGAUUUGUUGAAGAUGUUUUCUACAUGCUGAAAUGUGUUGUUUGAGAUUUCACUACAGGGAAUGACUGUAUACGAUUUUUUUUUAAACCUGAAGCGGUGUUAUAAUGUUAAAAGGAGAAAAGAUGUGCAUGUAUUUUACUCUAAACAUGUCUAAAAGUGUUAAAAAGGGUUUUGUUGUAUAUGCUAACAAAACUCUAAAUGGGAGUAUUGCCUUAAACCUAAAUCAUUUUUAACUUGCAAAAAAGUGGAAAAGGGGUAACAAUGAAAAUAGUCCUUAGCUCAGUAGUGUUAAUUAAGAUUAUGUAUAUCUGCUGCUGUUUCUUUGGCAGUAAUGCCCUUGGAUUUGACCACUUGAAAAUUUAUAACAGCACUUUUGAGCUCAUUCAACAGUAUUAAUUUGGCAUCAUUUUUUUUUUCAACCUGUAUCUUUUUUUCCCAUAUUUUUUAAUGUAAGUGACAAAUGGAGACAACAAUUUCUGAAACCGGUCCAAAGCUGUUCCAGCAUUUGUGCACCAUCAUCGUAUUUUUGCCCCUUACAGGCUCAGGUUAACAUUGAAUGAAGUUUGUUGUACAAUGAUUAAAUUACUGUUUAUUUAAACGAAGUCUGGUUGGAUUGCCAACAGCACUUUCGGGGCUGCUUCUGGUUAAACAAAAAGGAUUUUACAUAAAAAAAAAACAGUCUAUCUCUGCAGGAAUCCGGUCCAUAAUGUUGACAGACAUUUAUAAUAACAAUCUGAGCCUCUCAGUAGCAAAAACAAGCUCUUCAAGCGGACGUAACCAGACGGUGCCAAAUGCUUUGAGUGUUCACCUUGCAGCCCUUUUUGCAGCUACCAGCUGCAGCGCUCUCUCAGUACCGGACAAAUUUGAAAAAAAUGUUUGUCCUCAGUAAUAACUUAAAUACAAAAACAUUGGAGAAAAGAAUCCAGGUUGAAAAAAUACUCACGUAACCCUUCAAUGUCAUUUUUUUAAUAGACAUGAAAGUUGUGUGUAACAGUAUUUCUGGUUCUACAUUUCUGUAGCUUAAAUCUACAAUUUACCAACAUGUAUGACGAGGUAAUAGAGUUCAAUGAAUAGUUUUUAAUGCAAGUAUAGUUAAAUUUUGCCAAUAUGUGCCCUUCUCUUUAAUGGAAAAUCAUCCCAGAGUCCCUUCAGAAAUCUGCCACUUAAUGCGGCUUUGCUUCUGCUGAAAUGUAACAAAGUGAUUUGUGGAAAUCGAAAUCUGAAACUGAAUAAGGGGCUGCUCGGUGAGCCAGAUUUACAAAUUUACCAGAAGAUAAACAUUUCAUAAAAGGCAGAUUUUUAAAUGCUGUUUGGCACGAUAUUACUACCAACCAUACAAGAGAGUGAAAAAAAAAAUUAUAAGAGGUUACACGUUGACAUUGUGAUGAGAUUUUAAAGUGCUAUAUUUGUUGCCUCACAAGUGCCUUUUUUAUGUUUUUCCAAACAAAUGUAUGACAUGCCAUAAAAGUUCAUACUGCAAGAAUAAUGCAUGAAUUACUUGACUAAAUUAGUACAGACUAAUUGUACGCUUAACAGUCAACUUUGAAACUGCCAGUUAUCUGCAGCCAUCCUUAUACUGUGUGCCUACAGUAAGUCAUGCUUCCCUGUAACCUCUGUAGAUCAGAUUAACUUUUGUAUAUUAAUCAGUGUAAUAAAGUAGUGAUUAUUCUAUUG